GAAUGGGCUCUUGUUAUUGUUUAUGUCGGAGGAGCGAGGAGCGCCAAAACUUCACAAAACAACCGAUACCUGCUAAUAAGUCACUCUGAAGCCACUCUUGGGUCUCUCGGGCUGAGAAGUUAUGAAAAGUUGGCCCUCCGCCCUUAAACAUGUGUUUAAAAAGGGAGUAAACUCAUGGAGCUCCGCAACGGGAUCCAAAGGGAAGUAAGCACCGAGCAGCAGCAGCAGCAGCAGCGGCGGCGGCGGGGCUGCAAGAGAGCGCAGGCGGCCCAGAGAGACCCCAGAGCCGGCGUGUGUAAAGUGCUAAGGCCGCUGCCUCUGGAGGACAAUGACAAUGACGAGGCAGAGGUGCGUGUGGAGAAGGGUUUCUCCUUCCUCAAGGCCAGCUCCGCGCUUUCUCUGGCGCCCCGGUACAGCCUGCUGAGGGAGGUGGGUCGCGGAAGCUACGGCGUGGUGUACGAAGCCGUGGCCCGCAGGUCCGGAGCCCGCGUGGCGGUGAAGAAGCUCCGCUGCGACGCUCCGGAGAAAGUGGAGCUCGCCCUGGCCGAGUUCUGGGCCCUGGCCAGCCUGGAGAAAAGGCACGAAAACGUGGUCCAGCUGGAGGAGUGCGUGCUGGAGAGGAACGGCCUGGCGCAGAAGAUGAGCCACGGAAACAAACGGUCCAAACAGUAUUUGCGUUUGGUGGAGACGUCGCUGAAAGGUGAACGCAUCCUGGGUUAUCCAGAGGAGCCGUGCUACCUCUGGUUUGUCAUGGAGUUCUGUGAAGGUGGGGACUUGAACCAGUACAUCCUGUCCCGACGGCCUGACCCAAAAACCAACAGGAGCUUCAUGAAACAGCUGACCAGCGCCGUGGCCUUCCUUCACAAGAACAACAUUGUACACCGUGACCUCAAACCAGACAACAUCCUCAUCUCACAGAAAUCCGGCUCGCCCGUCAUCAAGGUGGCCGACUUUGGCCUUAGCAAGGUGUGCGCCGGGCUGGGCUGCAUAGAGCAAGAGGGUGAAGACCAGGUCAACAAGAACAUCAACGUGAACAAGUUCUGGCUGUCGUCGGCCUGCGGCUCGGACUUCUACAUGGCACCCGAAGUGUGGGAGGGGCACUACACGGCCAAAGCAGACAUUUUCGCACUGGGCAUUAUCAUCUGGGCCAUGAUCGAGAGGAUCACGUUUAUCGACGCAGAGUCAAAACGGGAGCUCCUCGGCACGUAUGUCCGGCAAGGCAGCGAAAUUGUCCCUGUUGGGGAGGCGCUGCUGGAGAACCCCAAGAUGGUGCUUAGCAUCCCACAGAAGGCUCGGAGUCCCAUGUCGGAUGGGAUCCGGAGGCUCCUGCAAGACAUGUUGGCCGUGAAUCCGCAGGAUCGGCCGGAUGCUUUCCAGCUCGAGCUCAGAAUGGACCAAGUCACGUGUGCUGCGUGAGAACAGUCUCCAGGUCAAACUUUCUUAGCUUCAGGUUUGGGAGAGCAGGCCGGAGAAAGGGACUGUGCAUCACUGUGGGAACCGUGAAGCCUGCUUUGCGAUCACUCGUGUUGGACAGACUCGGUUCUAUUCAGGUUACAUCACGUGGAAAUGCUAUGCAGUCGACUUUUGUAACAGUUUCUUUUUCUACACCUUUUCUACGCCCCUCGUCACCCAAAGCUCCCAAUCCCAUAAAAGACUGUGUCAGUCUGUGUUUAUAG